UGAAAAGGAAAAUUACUAUUAAAUAAUAUAUAUAAUAAGAUUUUUAAUAAAAUUUGUUUUUGUUAAUAUCUUAGUAUAUAUAUUUUUAAUUAUGAGAUAGCUUAACACAUGUCAUAAUCUUAAAUAUAUAAUUGCUAUGUGUCGCGAUCCAGUUAAUUAGCAACUUUGAAGAACUAAGUUUUAUAUAAUAAGAUGAUUACGUUUGAUAUUCUUUGCUUAGUUUUGAAUCGAUUUUACUUUAAAACCGAAAAACCGAUUGGGAUCCGAACCUGAAAUUACAUCGGGUUAUAUUUGUUCUUUGAAGAUUUACUAACCUCGACCCAAAUCCGAUAGAACCCGAAACGGUCCUGAACCAAACUUUCAUGUAACUCAAAUGGCACUGAUUUUGUUAUAUCCGAAACACCGAGAUCCGAUUUGACUCCGAUUGGGACUCUGAUGCCUAUGCCUAGUUGACAAAAAAAAAACUCCAGAAAUAUAAUGAAGACUAAUUAUUCACGGGCCUCCGAUGUGAUGCGACCGUUACAUGGGCCUGUCAAAUACAUUGGGAUUCCUGACCGGUAACCCAGCCCGGUUGAGCCAACAUCAGGCGAUUAGAGAAGGCCACGUAAACUACUUCAUGCACACGUAAGACGUGUGAUCCUCUCUCACUCUCCGUCAUCGGCAAACACCAUGGGCCCUCGCUGACCAAAACUCAUCGUCGCUCAGAAGGUGCUCCGUCAACUCACGGAGGAAACAUAACGUUCUAAACGCCGUCAGAUAUCUAUAUUAUUCUUCCACUUAUAAAUAACCCACGGUCCUCCAUGUGUCUUCUCCUCAGUCUCUCCCAAACAUAACCAGGAGCUUCGUUCCAGUUUUGAAUAUUUUGGGUUGUUCUCGUAUUAAAAGGAAAAUAACUCAACAGCAAUAUAUAAAGUAAAAGUAAAUCCACAAGUUUCAGAGAGGAGAGACACGCUUAACCUGCAGAGAUCGAUAUAAAAGGGCUUAAAAGGCAGAGGGCAUAAAGAAGUGUGCAAAGAUGUUUACUUGCAUAAACUGUACAAAAAUGGUAGACAGAGAUGAAGAAGAUGAAGAUGUAGCCCGUGGGAGCACUACUCCCAACACUAAAGAAGCUGUUAAAAGCCUAACUACACAGAUCAAAGAUAUGGCGUCAAAAAUUUCUGGUGCUUCUAAAAAAUCCAAGCCACCCUCCGGCUCCUCAAGCAGCAGCUUGGGGAAAGAGCAGAGAAAGUAUCCGGAUCUGGACACUGCAUCUGAUAGUGUUCCAUACCCUUAUAUGGGUGGUGGAAGCACUAGUUCCACUCCUGCUUGGGACGUCCCAAGCUCCUCUCACCAUCAAGUUGAACGGGCAGAUUCAAGAUUCACAUCAAUGUAUGCCGGUGAACGCGAAUCAGUCUCUGCUCAGUCGUGUGAUGUGGUACCAGAGGAUGACGAGCCAAAAGAGUGGGUGGCUCAAGUAGAGCCUGGUGUUCACAUUACAUUCGUCUCACUUCCUAGUGGAGGAAAUGAUCUUAAACGGAUACGUUUCAGCCGGGAGGUGUUUGACAAGUGGCAAGCUCAGAGGUGGUGGGGUGAGAACUAUGACAGAAUAGUUGAGCUUUACAAUGUUCAGAGAUUUAACCGGCAAGCCCUUCAAACCCCUGGUGGAUCCGAAGACCAGUCGCAGAGAGAUUCAACUUACACAAGAAUCGAAUCAGCAAGAGAAAGCAGAGACUGGACUCCAAGAAACAACUACAGGCCUCCAGGUGGUAGCAGCAUCCCACAUCACUUUUAUGGACCACCAAUGGACGCAGCAAGAACCACCACCUCAUCUAGGGAUGAACCGCCUUCCCUCAGUAACUCUAGUGAAAUGCAAGCAGAGUGGGUUGAAGAGGACGAGCCUGGGGUUUAUAUUACCAUCAGACAGUUACCAGACGGAACCAGAGAGUUACGCCGUGUCAGAUUCAGUCGGGAACGGUUUGGGGAAGUGCAUGCUAAGACAUGGUGGGAGCAGAACAGAGACAGGAUACAAACACAAUAUCUCUAACUAAGUGAAGGAAAAAGAGAGACCACUUUUUAACACAGGUAAGGUAACUUGGAAAUGAAGGAAACUUGUGUAGCUUGUGACGCAAGAUACAGUGUUAACAUUCAAUAUGAUUUGGUUUUUGUUCUUACACAGAAUAAAAAAGAGCGUAGACCAGACCAGCAUUGGUUCUUAGAUAGUACCGGAUGCUUUGCAUUCUUCUAGUAGAUUAAGCAUGUGACGUUCCGGUGCACUGAGCGAAGGCAAGAAUCGACGCUUGGGAUUGCAUUGGCUAGUUACCGAUGGUUUUGUCAUAAAGCCAUCAGGUUCUGUGGGACCACAUGAGCUGGUUCCAACAGAUUCUACUACAUCCGUUCCAUCUUGAGCAAUGUCCAAGUCGCCUCGUCUCCUCAUGGACGCCGACACUCUCUCUUUCCAUAUU